AUGGCGCCCUCAACCAUUGCGGACUUCCAAGAUGUUCCCUGUCACCAAGCCUAUACACCAAUCAAGCCUAUCCACCGCGAAGGCGCUUUGAUGCACAGAUCCCUUGUGCAACAUCCCUAUAUGGUCGAGUCUGCACAGGGUAUUGAGCUGAAGCUAUCCACUGGCCAAACAAUCAUCGAUGGCUGUGGCGGAGCAGCGGUAGCGUUAAUAGGUCACGGACGGGAAGAAGUCAUCCACGCCAUUACCGAACAAGCCCGCAAAGUCAGUUAUGUUCACACACAAUCUUACACCACUGCACCUGCAGAAGAACUUGCCAAUGUUCUUUUGCAAGGUAACCCUUAUGGCUUGGAAAAGGCUUUCUUCGUUGGCAGUGGUAGCGAAGCUGUCGAGUCGGCACUCAAACUUGCCCGUCAGUACCAUUACGAAAAGGGUGGUCUGGAGAAAGUGCAUAUUAUCUCCAGACGCCAAUGCUAUCACGGAAACACUAUGGCCACUAUGUCUAUCUCUACAAAUAUAGCGCGACGGGCUCCCUACCAUGGGUUCCUUUACCCCAACGUCUCUCAUGUCUCGCCCGCCUUUGCCUAUCAUUACAAAGACAGCUCCGAAAGUGAGGAUCAGUUUACCGCUAGAUUACUCGUCGAACUCGAAGAAGAGUUUCUACGAGUAGGACCUCAAAAGGUCGCUGCAUUUAUCGCUGAGACAGUAGUUGGCGCAACAUCUGGCUGCGUUGCUGCUCCUGCUGGAUAUUUCCAAGGCGUCAGAGCACUUUGCGACAAGUAUGAUGUCGUCAUGAUUCUCGAUGAGAUUAUGUGUGGUAUUGGACGCACAGGUACUUUCUUCGCAUUCGAGCAAGAAGGGGUAGUUCCCGAUAUCACGACAGUUGCUAAGGGCCUCGGGGGUGGUUACGCUGCCAUUGCCGGUGUUCUCAUCCACAAACGCGUAGUUGACGUUCUGCGACAAGGCUCAGCCGCUUUCAACCAUGGUCACACCUAUCAAGCGCAUCCCAUCUCGUGUGCUGCAGCAUUGGCUGUACAAAGGAUUGUUCGACGCGAUAACCUUGUUGAGCGUUGUGCAGAGAUGGGGCUGGUUCUUGAGAAAAUGCUAAAAGAAGACCUGAGUGGGUGCAGGUCAGUUGGGGAUAUCAGAGGCCGGGGUUUAUUCUGGGGAGUUGAGUUUGUGAAGGAUCGGCAAUCAAAACAGCCAUUUGACCCUGCAGCCAAGUUUGGCUUGCUGGUGCAACAACUUGCCUUCGAGAAGGGUGUUGCUCUGUACCCCGGUGGUGCAACUAUCGAUGGCGUCAAGGGUGACCACAUUCUGCUUGCGCCGCCAUUUACAGUAACAGAGGGCAGUGGAGGCGGCGGAAAGAACAGUCUUCUUGGAUUAACGACGGCGCACAAGAAUAUGACAAUUUAG